CAGCGUGAGUGUGUAAAAACACAAACAAACUUCUGGUGCUCAUUAAACUGGGCUUGAAAUCACAGAUAAUUUAGACUGUGCGUCGCUUAAGUUGCAAUCUGCACUUCGUGCACCUCGUUUUUAGCGUUGGAGUCCCAGCAGAGGGGGGAAACGAUGUUCCAGCCAGACAGAUGCAAUCAACCCAAGAGCUCCCCAGUUGAAGGAUAAAUAAUCGACCGUGGAUCAAUUCAUUCUUCAUCACGAAGAUGUCCGACGCUAAGCAACUAAUGGCACAGAAAAGUGCUAAAAUCGCCGCUGGAGCCGUUGUGUGUGUUGAAAGCGAAAUAAGAGGAGAUGUGACUAUCGGCGCUAGAACAGUGGUCCACCCAAAAGCGCGGAUCAUAGCAGAAGCAGGGCCUAUAAUCAUCGGAGAGGGGAAUCUAAUAGAGGAGCAGGCGCUUAUCAUUAACAGUUAUCCAGAGAAUAUAAUGCCAGACUCGGAGGGAGUCGAGCCAAAGGCCAUGACAAUCGGGACUAACAAUGUGUUUGAAGUUGGAUGUGUCUCUCAAGCUUUGAAAAUUGGAGACAACAAUGUGAUUGAGUCCAAGGCUGAUCUCGGGAGAAACGUGAUCCUGACCAGCGGCUGCAUCGUCGGCGCGUGCUGUCAAAUCAACACGUGCGAGGUCGUGCCGGAGAACACAGUCGUCUACGGAUCAAACUGCAUCAGGCGUGUGCAGAGUGAAAAGCCACAGCCUCAGACUCUGCAGCUGGACUUCCUCAUGAAGAUCCUGCCCAACUACCACCACCUGAAGAAAACGGUGAAAGGAAACGGCACGCCUGUAAGAAACUAAUGAGGAUCCAGAGGAUUGAAACCUCCUGCAGUCCCAAGCACCUCCACACACAGACACCUUACACUCGUGCACUUCACUUGAAUUCAUGUGUACUUAUCUUACACUUCAGCAUUUCGCUGUCUGAUUCUGAUUCUUCAUGCCCGUCUUCACGGAUCCAGCGAAAACAAUCACGUGCACUUUCGCUUUUUAGAUCAAUUUUGUGACUAUUUAUGAUCUACUUUGGACCUGAAAUCUCAAAUGUAUCAUGUCUGCUUACACUAAUGUGUCUCAUCUAUGUUUAUAAAUGUUCCAAUAAAAUGGCAUAAAUAAUGCAGUAAAGAUUCAAAUAGGUUUCCUUUCAAGCUCAGUUUUUUUUAUAAUAUUAUUCAACCACUAGGAGGAACUGUUGAGCAGCUCUUGGCUACGAAGCCUUUGUUUCAUCAGGUGAUGCAAAAUAUCCAAUUAAAGCAGCGUUCUUAAA